CACACGUAUUCUUCUUUGUGAUAUGUAACUUUGCUAUUAAUAUGAAAGUGACUAAUUCCCUCCCUCGAGUCAUCGGAACCCGAGUACAUAGAAAGAAUGGCAGCUCUUCAACCAAUCUCAUUCUUUUUGCUUAUUGUUUCUCUAGGAAUAGACAUAUCAGAAUGUGCAAGAGUGUUCACCUUGAUAAAUGAUUGCAAAGAAACAAUUUGGCCUGCAAUCACGCCUGGAGAAAAUUUUGGUAAUGGGGGUUUUGCUCUAAAACCCACAGAAUCAAGAGUAUUUCAAGCUCCGAUUGGAUGGUCGGGUAGGAUAUGGGGAAGAACCGGAUGCAAUUUUAACAAAGAUGGUCAAGGAAUGUGCCAAACUGGAAGAUGUGGCACAUCUCUACAUUGCACAGCUUCUGGUGAAACUCCAGCAACACUUGCUGAAUUUACCCUUGCAACGCCUGAUUUUUAUGAUGUUAGCCUUGUCGAUGGAUUUAACUUGCCAAUGAGCAUUAAGCCCAUGAAUGGCCAGGGAAAUUGUAGCAGGGCCGGAUGUGAUGGAGACUUGAGGCCUAAUUGUCCUAAAGAGCUUGCUGUCAAAGCCGGUGGCCGCACUAUUGCUUGUCGAAGCGCCUGCGACGUGUUCAAUACCGACCAGUACUGUUGCAGGGGAAAUUAUGGGAAUGCAGCUACAUGCACACCAACAUUUUAUUCAAAGAAGUUCAAAGCGGUCUGCCCUGCUUCGUAUAGUUAUGCAUAUGAUGAUCCUUCCAGUAUAUUUACAUGCGGUGGGAGUACAACAGAUUAUGUCAUCACAUAUUGUUCUGGCAGGAUGCAACCAGUGUGCACUUACCAUAACGACAAGCUCAUCUGCAGCAUCGGAUCAGACUUAAAGCCUCUGAUGGGAAUUUGGACAGUGAUGAUUUUAUUAACAGCGCUGAUUAGUUUAAGAAUGCUAUUUUAGGUGUAACUGAUAAAAGAAUGCUGCUUGCUUUUUUUAUUUUUUGAGUUUUAGUUGAAAGUGUUUAUUCAACUUUUCCGAGACCUGCAAGAAAUUGACAUCUAAAUGGUUUAAAAUGUAAAUAUGCAUCACUGUAUAAUCGAUUUACUAUAA